CACAGCACCAGGGCUGUGGAAUUAUUUGGAGACACUACUUCGGAAAUCAAACACGGAAUUCAGCGUGGUUAUUGCCCAGAUGAACAGAAGGAACUAUUCGUCACGUUCAGUUCAUUCGUUGCAUGUUGGGAAAAUGAGGAUGAAGCUUUCAAAAGGAUGGAUUACAAAAGCUCGAGAUUCUUAUUCUGGGUCCAUGCAGCUAUGCGGAUUCAGAGGGGGAGGAAACUCUGCGGCAAAGUCAUUGUUCUGGCAACCUAGGAAAGGGCAGUCCUUUGUGUUGGUUUUUGACACGGAGCGAGAAAGAAAUGGGGCUCUCGUUCUGGCCAGAAAACAUGCUCUUGAUUGCAAUGUGAAUCUUGCCGGGCCGGAUGACGAUGUUUUGCUGUGAAUCUAACAGCUCUCUCAUUUCCAUUUUUUUUUUGUUUUUUAAGUUUUUUUUAAUUUGUUUGUGUGUGGGUGUGGGAUAGAAAGGGUUGUUUGUUUACUAAUGAGUUAGUUAGUUACAUCCAUGAGGCAUUUGUUUUUAUUGUUUGCCGAAUCAAAGGGGUUGUAACCAAUUUCACUAGCAACCAAAUACGGAGUAGUAUUCAUUUGUUUUUUUCAAGUUUAAUUUUUUUUAAUGACUUGCGUUUGUUAACACCUUAGUGUAUGUGAGAUUGAUAAUUUGAUAUUGGCAAAAUGGCAACACCGAAUAUAUAACCAACAGGUGA